AUGCCAACCCUUCCUCUGAAGAUAUGCCUAGAAACUCAAGAACAAGGUUCAGAGUCUUUGGCAGAAUCACCUGUGCCAUGGUUAUGUGCCAGGGGUGCAGAACAGCGCCUUGAAGGAACACUACUGAUCAACAGUGAUGAUGAAGCUACAGUUAAGCCUUCUGGUAAAAUAGAAAAUGAAGAUGCCUCUGUGUCAGGUGUGACCCAGUUAGCUGGCAGUUACACAGCUCCAGAAAGUAGUGGGCAUCAUCUAGUAGUUGGAAAAGAGAUUUCUGAAAGAGAAAACCAAGAUUCUGUGUUUGAAGCAGGCAUGGAUCCAUGCUCUUCUGCAAAAACAAGCAACGUGUUCCCCGAAUCCUCAGAUCAAGAAGAGGAAGAAGUGAGUUUCAUACAAAAACUGAUAGAAUUGGAACACAUGUUUUUUGAGAGACAUAAGCAAGAAGAACAGGACCGAUUGUUAGCAUUACAACUUCAGAAACAGAUGGAUAAAGAACAGAAGAUGGUCAACCGACAGAAAGGAUCCCCCGGUCAGUAUGACUUGCGCACAUACUCAGAACCAGACAGGCAGCUGCAUAAGCAGAGGAAGAAUUCCAAAGAUACGACUUCAUAAAGCUGACUAAU